UGUCGUUAGUGAAUAAAUAUUAAUUUAAACGUUGAUGUCACUCUGAGGUAAACAUUUAAUCACUGCACACAGACAGUAGCCUUCCGUGAGAUCACUAAAACACCUUUAAAGACGCCUCCCGCGGCUGAUUAACAGUGUGGAGGAUGAGGUGGAGUUGAGGAGUCUCGCAGCCAGAGGAAAGAAGCUGCUCUGUAGUCUGGUGGUACGGCAGCAGAUACUCCAUCACUUGCCGGAUGGCAGCAGGGUGAACAGGCUAUUCACAAGCCGGGGGACCCGCCUUAAAACACCACAAUCUGCACAAACAUGUUAGAUUGUCCAACACCAAGAACAAUCAGUCUGAAUUACAUAACUGAUACAUUUUGUGGUCCACACCUAGAAUUUUGCAGAUAACCAAGCCAUAUAAGUUUGGGUUUUUAUUGUUGAGCCGUCCACAUUCUGACCAUUGGAGUGGUAAGCAGUGAAAUCCUUCUGGCUGUAAGAUUGCUCAUCUUUCUGCAAGAAUGAAGUGUCUGCUUUUCCACUCUAUCUUGCUUUCUGUCACUUUUUUGUGCCAUGGAAAAGACCAGUUCUUCAAUGACGAUGGAAACCUCAUACUUCCGGGGGCCUACAAUAUUCCAUGGAUGGCCGGCAUUGAGAAUUUACGCACCCUCUCUCUCAUCACCCUCCCCGGUGCCCAUGACAGCAUGUCCCUCCACGGAGGUCCAGAGGCUGAAUGCCAGGCCUUGUCCCUAAAGGAUCAGCUCAGGGCCGGCAUUCGUUUCCUGGAUCUCAAAGUGUUCGGACUGGGCAACACCCUCUAUGUCAUGCACGGGGUGAUGUACCAGCACACCACUCUCAAGGACGUCCUAGACACUGUCCGAGCCUUCCUGUCAGAGUUUAGGACCGAGGCUGUGCUCAUUAGAGUCCAACCAGAGUCUUUUGAGAAGAAAACUGUCAAUGAAAUGGUGCAGAGUCUGAUUGGCAAUGACCAACAAGUCUGGGUGAACUCUGGAAUGCCAAAUAUGGGUCAGGUCAGGGGGAAAAUAGUCUUCUUGCAGAAGAGCACCUUCACAAUAGGAAUUCCCCUCAUAGAUACAGAUGGGAAAGGUAGCUCCAAGGUUAGCAACGUUAAAGAUAAAGACAACAGAAUAAUCAAGCAGCUGAACCAAGCCACCGAGGCUUGUGGAGGUGCUAAUGCCGUCUUGACUUACACUAGCGGCACCGGCCUUGGUACGUUCUGGGGAAUGUUUCUGACUCCAAAGAGAGUGGCUGAAAAGGUAAACCCAUGGCUCAAUCAAUACCUCAGACAGUUUUAUCCCAAUCAGCCCAGACCAUGCUUUGGUAUCAUUGCCAUGGACUUCCCCGGCAUUGACCUCAUUCAAACUGUUAUCAAUUUAAACUGGUGGUAAUUAUGCACCAUGGUGUGUUUGAGAGGUUGAGGGUUUGAAUCUGGUGGAUCACUAUGAAAUGUUUCCUGUAUCUUUUCCAUCACUAGUCACUGUACACACUGUGGUGUAGCUGACAUAUUCUGGAAAUACAACAUGUAAUCUGAGAACUGACACUGUCCUUCUCUUUGUAUCCUGAACUGUGUAAUUUUGGAAGCGAUGGCAGUAACAUUUUGUGAUCAUGACAAAAAUAAAUUUCACUUUAUUGCCUCCUCGUUGA